UCCGUAGGAGACGAUAGGCGGCGGUAAUGUAGCGCAUCAAGCAGAACUAGCGGGCCAAGGGUCAAGGUUUAAAGUUGAACCAAACCAGCAGCGCUUUACUUACGUAAGCCGAAAAUGGCUAAACAUCACCCAGACUUGAUCUUCUGCCGAAAACAGGCUGGUGUCGCUAUCGGGAGACUUUGCGAGAAAUGUGAUGGAAAGUGUGUGAUCUGCGAUUCCUACGUGAGGCCGUGCACACUGGUGCGCAUUUGCGACGAGUGUAACUACGGCUCCUAUCAAGGGCGCUGUGUCAUAUGUGGAGGGCCCGGUGUGUCUGAUGCCUACUACUGUAAAGAAUGCACCAUCCAGGAGAAAGAUCGAGAUGGAUGUCCUAAGAUCGUAAACCUGGGAAGCUCCAAAACAGAUCUGUUUUAUGAACGAAAGAAGUACGGCUUCAAGAAGAGGUGAAGGACGACCCAGUGCUGCUUUUAGUUUUUCAGACUUUAAAUCUUCCCCCCAAAAAGAUUUUUUUUGACUUUUCAAUAAAGCUCACUUUUAUAUACUU